ACGCCGGGGGCCAAGACUCUUAGUGCGCUCCCCCGCGCCUGGCUGCCGGGCUACUCCGGCUGGAAGGGGCGGAGGCGAGGGCGGAGCACGGCCUCUUCUGGCUCCGGAGGAGUGGCCGCAGCCGAGAAGGCUACUUGGCCACUGGGCUAGCAACAGUCACACGAGCCCCACACCCCGCUCCACUCUCCUGCGCUCACCCGAGGGAGGCACCGGCUCACGCGCUUUGGAGCAGCCGCCAGCCAGCUAUUGAGCAAGCCCCUCCAUCCCGCAUCAGAGACCACAUGGGCCCCGAGGCCAGCUGCCCUUGCAGGGGCUACCUGACUCGCCUUCAGAUGCGGACCUGGAUUGAGCCCGUGGUGGCGUCUACUCAGGUGGCCAGCUCCCUCUACGACACGGGGCUGCUCCUAGUGGUAAAGGAAUCCUUUGCGGCCAGAGCCUCCUCCAACCACAGCGCCAGCCCGUCGCCGCGGGAUGCUCUAGAGGACGAACAGCAGAAGGCCAUCUCCAAUUUCUACAUCAUCUACAACCUGGUGCUGGGCCUGACGCCUUUGCUGCCUGCCUUCGGGCUGGGCUGGCUCAGCGACCGCUACCACCGCAAGAUCUCUCUGUGUGUGGCCCUGCUGGGCUUCCUGCUCUGCCGACUGGGGCUGCUCUUCAAGGUGCUGUGGGACUGGCCCGUGGAGGUGCUGUACUGGGCCGUGGGGCUGAAUGGGCUCUGUGGCGGCUUCUCGGCGUACUGGUCGGGAGUUGUAGCCCUGGGCUCCCUGGGCUCCUCCGAGGGCCGCCGCUCGGUCCGCCUCAUCUUCAUCGACCUGAUCUUGGGCUUGGCAGGGUUCUGCGGGAGCAUGGUCUCAGGGCAUCUCUUCCAGCAGACAUCUGGGCAACCCUGGAGGGGCCUGGUGCUGACGGCCUGCAGCGUGAGCUGUGCCUCUUUUGCCUUUUUCUACAGCCUCUUGGUCCUGAAAGUCCCUCAGUUGGAGGCCAAACCCAGAAAGGCACCCCCCACCGUGGAUACUGUGACUGGUACCGUUGGCACAUACCGCACCUUGGAUUCCAACGAGCCAGAGAGGCAGAGUGUGGAGGGGCCCCCCCUACCUCCUAGGAAAAUGAAGCCCCUCAAAACCAUUAUUGCCCUGCUCUUUCUGGGUGCCAUCCUCUAUGACAUGGCUGUGGUGGGCACAGUGGACGUGAUAUCCCUUUUUGUGCUGAGGGCGCCGCUGCAUUGGAACCAAGUGCAGGUGGGCUACAACAUGGCAGCAGGGUACAUGAUCUUCAUCACCAGCUUCCUGGGCGUCCUGCUCUUCUCCCGCUGCUUCCGGGACACCACCAUGAUCAUGAUCGGGAUGGUCUCCUUCGGGCUGGGGGCCUUCCUGUUGACCUUUGUGAAAUACACAUACAUGUUCUACAUCGCUCGAGCCGUCAUGCUCUUCGCGCUCAUCCCCAUCACGACCAUUCGAUCAGCCAUGUCCAAGCUCAUCAAGGACUCCUCCUAUGGAAAGGUGUUCGUCUUCCUGCAGCUGUCCCUGACUCUCACCUCGGUGGUGACAUCCACGAUAUAUAAUGAGCUCUAUCAGCUCACCAUGGAAAAGUUUGUCGGCACCUGCUUUGCUCUCUCCUCCUUUCUCUCCUUCCUGGCCAUCGUCCCGAUUGGCAUCGUGGCCUACAAACAAGCCUCAUGGGUGAAACAGGCAGACGUCACAGAGAAAUGAAGGUGCUGCCCGCAGGAGGCCAAAAAACACCAGCUGUGGCCAGGCCCCUCUGAAGACAAAGGAAGAGACCAGGGACUGGUGACCAGAGCGACCCACUGCCAAGGAACCUGAGUCUCAGCCAGAGUCAGGCUCCGAAUCGCCUGCUCUGACGCAGGGGUCCCUGGUGGGUGGGAAAAGCAUUUUCCUGGGGAUGGAAGAACUUUCUUCGCUUUCGGACGCCCCCAGUAGGCCGAGGUUAGGUUCUGCGGCAGCUGAGCAUGAACCUUCACGGUCAUGUGUAAGCUGCAUGCACAGCCGUACCAGACGCUUCGAGGAGCUUCAGCCAGCAGCCUUUUAUUCCUUCCAGAAAUUGCCUCCCAGGCUCCACGGUAGGACUGACUAGUCACCUGGGCGUGGUGCUGGGAGAACCAGGUGAGAACUCAAACGAAGGCACGCAUUGUCAACAGCCUGGGGAAACGUGGAAGGGAUCUUUCAUACGAACUGCCAAUGGUGAACAUCAGUCAAUAUUUUUUAAACUAAAAUAAAACUUUGGAGAAAAC